GCAAAAAUUACAUGGUGUGUGGUUCCCCAAUUCUCUCUGCUGUAAAACUAUCAUUUACUUCUAUAGUAACAAUGCCAAAUCACACAUCAUCUGAUUCCGAUGAUGAAAGGAUGGGGAAGAACUUUGGUCGCGAAAGACCAGUGCAUGAUAUUCUUGGAGGAAGAAAAGUCGCAGAUGUGCUGUUGUGGAGGGACAAAAGGGUAUCUGCUGCAAUUCUUCUCACUAUUUCGACAAUAUGGUUCCUGUUUGAGGUUGUCGAAUACAAUUUCGUGACCUUACUCUGUCACAUUACCAUUACUACAAUGCUCCUAAUCUUCAUUUGGUGUAUGGGUGCAGAUAUCUUCAAGUGGCCUCCUCCAAGGAUCCCUGAUGUUAUCUUAGACGACUCCUCGUUCAGAGAAGUCGCUGCAGUCUGGCAUGCAAAACUUAAUCACUUCUUCAGGAAGUGCUUUGAUGUUGCAUGUGGAAACGAUUUUAGACACUUCAUUUUGGCACUUGGUUGUCUCUGGAUAGUUUCAGUGAUUGGGAACUAUGUCAGCACCUUGAACCUUCUGUUUGUGGGUUGUGUCAGCUUGCUGACACUGCCAUAUCUGUAUGAAAGAUACGAGGAAGAAGUUGAUCAUCUUGUAGGGAAAGCAAACCGGCAGAUAAGGAAAUCAUACAAGAAGUUCGAUGCAGAAGUUCUCAGAAAAAUUCCAAGAGGACCAGUGAAAGAAAAGAAAGCCAAAUGAAAGAGGAGUGCUCAUAUUUUGUUGGAAGGCGAAAGGCUUCGAGGUUUGAGAUGGAAAAGGAGGACACUGUGCUUGUCAAUCUAAGAAAUAUAGUGAAUAAAACUGUGAAUUAUUGAACUUUAAACAAAAACACAGAUAUAUACUUGAAAAGUCAUAUAUACUUGAAAAGUCUUGAACACUGCAUUCUUAUGAAUCUAUCUCAAUUAGUUCCAGUAUUUCUGGAUUUAUACAUGACCCAUGGACUUGCAAAUUGCUAUUCAAACUAUUUUAAGAUGUGGUUUCACAUCUACAAAUCUAAGGGGCCAAUAUUCUAAAAUAUAGUGGAAGCUGCUCUGGAAAAGAAAAUCCAAACACUUGAAAGGAAAUGCAGUAUUGAGUACAAAGUGAAGCUGAAUGAGUCAGAAAGCAUUAAAGAACGAAGAAUAGGAACAAACAAUGCAAUCAACAUUCUUGAAAUGGCCUUACCUCACUCCAGGAGCCAUUUUUGCAAUCAGUUUUCAAAAACUAAUCUUUUGUAGUCCUUGAAAGGCAUCCUAGGAUUCUUCCUUCACGAACUAUUGGUUGCAGUAAUCAGGAAGUUCUGGCUUUAUGGGCCCCAGACAAGGAUAAGAUCUGAUCCUGCAAAGAGGGUAUGCAAAUUUGUGAAUUAAAUGAAAUAAAGUUUGUCGUCAACGUUCGCGAUCUCAUAUGUGCACUCUACCCAUAUAAUAUCAUAUUGUGAUUCUGAUUGAUCUUUAAUCGCCUUAAGAGGCCUAUAAAUGUCACAAUAACCACUCACGAAUCAAGUUCAGCGACAAGGAAGAGUAGGAUUGGCGGAGCCAACGAGAUGCUUGACAAUACUAUAGCCUGUCAAUUCUACCGUUAAGGCAUGAAAUUCUAACGUAAGAACCCUCUAGCAGUGAGGACUGCUGAUUUCACAAGCAAACACCCAACAAGAGAAAAAGAAGAGAGAUGGCGAGGGAAUGGAAAGAGGAGAUCACCCGGGAUAUUGGUGGCACUGAUGCUUUUCUAGUCGUCUGGGUAGUUUUAGUCACUUUUUCUCUCAUUUCAGCCAUCAUGUUCUCCUGUGCGGAUGGUGCAUCCAGAGACAGGGCUUCAACAGGAGAGCUAGGGGUUCAGGCUAGCGGUUGUGCAGCCGCCUGUGGUGCAGGCUGUGGUGGAGGUUGUGGGGGUUGACUAAACCUUCACCUGGGUCGUUAGUCCUGACCCGAAGCUUAAACCAGAGGCUGAAAUCUUCUGCUGGCACCACAGAGAUUACAGGAAAGUUGUUUCAAAUUCAGCAAAUUCUUCUCCCACACAGAUGAUUAGCUGCUCAAAUUGCGCUCAUUUCCAUGACCAACUUUCAAGAUACCGAUUCAUCAUCUGUUUAUCUUUUUACUUGCACAAUUACAAGAUUAUUUGGUAACUGUAUUCGUAUGUUACUAUCUUUCUUCUUACCCUUUCUCCCUGUAAUUGCUCUUCUCCUACACUUUCCUGGAAUAUUAGAGCUUUUACAUUUCUCUUAA